AGCAAGAGAGCACACACUGGCCAGCGUGAGAGUGUGAGAUCUCAUUCAUUAAAAAAAAAUAAAAAAAUAAAAAAAAAAUAAAAAAAAAUUGUUGCUGUUCUUCAGAUAGGAAUGCGAUAGUUUGGCUAAGAGACUCCAGAUUUUUGUCACGGAUUUCUCAGACAUUGACUUUGACUCAUGGGUAAAACGGUUCCUCUGAGACUGCUGGGAUUUCUGAUGCAGGUAGUGAAUUUGCCUGGUUUGGGCGUUCUUACAUCUGUCCAUGUACAGCUGGAGUUUUGCAGCUUUCCGCUCAGCCUUGAGACUGAUUCUUACACACUUUUAUGGGAAAACAAGGUGCUGAGCAGCAGUGUGGUGUGUCAGAGUGUGUGUAAGUGUAUCAUGGAUGUACAUGUGCCACAGUCUUCUCCUGAACUGAAUCUGACUUUACAGUCCUAUAAACAGGAGCAGAUGUCAGAAGCCAGAUUCUUCCAGCUAAUUCCUCUUCAGAGCUCCUUUCUGAAGGUCGAGGUGUCUUCUACUAGUGCUGUGCUGAACUGGACUGACUGGACCAGUGAGCAGAUACAGCACGUGUGUGUAGGUGCUCAGUGUUGGGCGCUCGAUUCUUCUCAGCCCUCGUGCUUGGUAUCAGGACUACAGCCUGGAACACGCUACAUGGUUACUGUGGUGCAGAAAACACGUGUUCCACAAGUCAAUGUUACACUCACGCAGAAAGUGCAGCUGGCGAUCGAGACGGCCCGGUGUCCUGUGGGCUGGAUAGCAACAGGAUGGAACUGUUUCCAGAUCAGACAGGAUGUUCGCACGUGGCCUGAAGCACAGCGGGCGUGUGAAAGCAAUGCCCCAGGAGUCCAUCUGGCCAGUGUGAAGACGCACACUGACUUUCUGUCUGUCUCUGAAAAACUACAAUCCCACAACCACCUGCUGCUGCUGUGGACCUCUCUGAAUGAUCGAGGGGAAGAGGGCCGUCUCCGCUGGGCUGAUGGCUCCGCCUACAACCUGAGUGUUGCUGUAAUAUCAUCUCUCUCAGCCAAUCAGACGGACUGUUUUGCCCUUCAGAGGAACGCCACAGGACCAGGUUACUUCUUCACUAGUCUACUGUGUGAUGUACAGCUUCCCUACAUCUGCCAUACACCAUUGGUGCAGGGAUCUUUUUCUGGCCUGUGUAUGGACAACGUUCAGGAGACAGAAGCAGAAUUCACCUGGUCAGGUUUUUCUCAGCUCCUCUCGGCUCUUGGCUCAGUGCUCAGCCUGCACGUACAUGACCAGUCUGGUAGACGAAUCCUCACACACACUCCACGUGAACACACACUGAAUAGAAAGUGUGUGCAUGGACUCUUUGCUGGAAACAUCUAUUACGUCUCACUCAGCCUUACACACCCCAGUGAAGCGUCUCAAACCCUCGGCACUGUUUUCAUAGUUAAAACCAGACCAAACCCUCCAAAGAACAUUACAGUGACUGGUGUCACAUCCAGUCAGAUUGCACUGUCCUGGUCUGCCCCUGAUUUUACCCAUGAUGCUUUGUUUGAGCAAUACUUCCUGAGCUGGUUGGAUGUAGCCUCUGGCAGAGGGCGGGGCUUAUGGUUGAACAGGACGAAUCUCAGUACUGUGAUUGGUGGGCUGGAAGCUUAUCAUGUAUACCAAAUUAUUCUGGUGUCAGUCACAGCAGAAGGGGUGGAGAGCGCUGAGACCACGCCACUGGUUGUCAUCACAGAGGUUAAUCCUCCACACAGCAUUUCAGUUUCAGCUCUUGGGACAGAAAACGUGAGCGUGUGCUGGGAACAGCUUCGUGAUGACGAGGUUGAUGCAUUUCACAUCCAGCUCAGGACACACACUCCGAGUCAGGAGAGCUACAGAGAAUUCUGGGUCAAUAACUCACACUGUAUUACGCUGACAAAUCUCAUUCCUGGUGAGACGUAUGAUGUAGGUGUGGCUACAGAAAGGGGCGGGAACAGGAGCCUGGAGAAAACCUUACAACUGACACUGAAGCCGCAGAAGGUCCUAGACGCCGUCCCAUAUGCAGUGGACAUGGACUCUGUGGUCCUGUUUGUGCAGAUGCCAAGGAGCGGUGUUUAUGAUGGUCUUGCUGUAACAUACAGCAGGAUCAGCACCUGGAUUCCAAUAUCCAGUCGUAGUAGCACCAGGAAAGCUGUUGUGGGAAAUCUGAGUGCAGGAACAGUGUAUGAGUUCCAGCUGUUUGUCACCAGCAGAGGUGUGAGCAGCGACGCCUUCACUGUGCUCCCAGUCAGAACCUGUCUCGCACCUCCCGUACGAGUGCGUGCCGGUGUUGUGACUGACCACUCAGUGGAAGUGCUGUGGGAUCGAGCACAAGGCCAUGAACUCACAUAUGAAGUGCUUUGCAUGGACUGUACUGACAAUGUCAUGGUACAGAAAGUGACACAGACGAGGGCAGUGUUUCAUGGUGUGAUUGCAGGAAAGCUGUGUAACAUCUCAGUGCGCACAGAAAAGGAGACUUUCAGAGACAGUGCACCUGUUUUCCUCACCAUCAGACCUCUUCCUAGCUCGGUCACGUUAGAGCCUGUGUGCAGAACAUCAUCAUCUCUGUGUGUGAGCUGGAGAGAGGGACCAGGAGUGUGUAACGCUUUCAUGCUGUCCAUCAAAAACUCCACCUACACACUGCAGAUGAGGCUCAGUGUCUCUGAUGAGAGAAGGUACAAUUUUGACUGUCUUCCUCCUGGGACUGGUUACAAUGUUGAGGUGAUAAGUGUGAGUGGAGAGAGACACAGUAUUCCCACCGUACUUUCCCUUAAUACGUUUCCAGCUCCUCCUGAUACCAUCAGCUUUAUCGAACAGGAAGGAAAGGCCAUGUACGUCACCUGGACACGACCGCUCGGACAAGUGACCGGCUACAGGGUGUUUUACGCUCUCAGUACGGACACGUCUCUUCGACACCGAGUCAUCGUCCAUGGGAACCAUGUGAAGAUAACUGACCUCAUCCCAGGAAGUGAUUAUGAGUUUGAGAUCCAGUCCUUCCUGCGAGAAGAUUUCAGCCAAAGUGUCAGCAAGAACGUCUCCACUAGUCCUGCAGGUGUGUGUUCUCUCUCUCUGUUCCACUCCAACUCCUCAUCCGUCACACUCGCUUGGGACGUUGCUGUUGGCCAUUUUGACUUCCACAGAGUGACAGUUAGUAAUGAUUCACACCGCUGGAUGGACGGCGUGGGUGCAGACGCUCAGAAAUACACGGCGAGCGGUCUGCGGGACGGCUGCUCCUACAACAUCAGUGUGGAGCGAGUCAGGAACAGACGACAGAGCGGGACGGCCGCCACUCUUACCGUACACACAGUCCCUGCUAUUCCUGAAGACGUGUGCGUGACCAGUGUGACACCUCGCUCGUUCUCUCUCAACUGGGUGCCAUCUUCUGGAUGUGACCAGCGCUAUUUUGUACAUCUGACACCAGACCAUGGCAACGUCACCAUUAUAACUACUGCAGAUGGACAUGUACAGGCCAAUGUGACUAGUGUGACUCAGGGAACACAAUACACAGUAACGGUCAGUGCUGUCGCCUCCUCAGGGAUGAGGUCUGCUGUGAGCCGCUCCAUCACCACCAUGGAAUCAGUUCCAGCAGCACCCUUUAAACCAGAAGGAGAGCGAGUGGGCUCUAAUGGGAUCCUCCUUUCGUGGAAGAUGCCGCCUCCUCCUGACCUCAGCAUCGACUCGUUCGUCAUCAGAUACAAGGAAAUGUGUCCACAUCUCGACUCCAUUUUUACUGAGGUCACAAAGAGCCUGGACAUCCCAGAAACCCUGCUGAACACACUCUCACCUGGGGCCACGUAUAAUAUUAAGGUUGCUGCAGUGAAUAAGGCAGGAGUCGGACCCUUCAGCCAGUCUCUUUACUUCAAAACCGCAGAAGCCCCUCCUGGCAUGGUAACAAACCUCACAGCUUUUGCUCAGAAUCACUCCUCAGUGGUAGUGAAAUGGUUUCUUCCUGUACGCAUUAACGGACUCAUCACUAAGUUUGCGGUUAAAGCCAAACACGCCAGGACAGGGCAGGUGGUCCGCACGCUGGAGCUCAAUGCAGAGGAGAUCAUGAAAGGAGCUCUGCCUCACUGCAACGAUGCUGCAGAUUUUUUGUCCCGUGGAACUCCAAGCCCCUCCAUAACAGCAGUAACAUCUGCACUGCCACCUCUCACCAUGUCAGCCAUUCCUUCAGCCUCUAUCUGGAAUGUGCCAAUCACAGUGGGCAUGGACAUGCUCCGCCCCUAUACUGCGUAUGUGUUCGAGGUGUCUGCCUUCACCAGCGAUGGGGAGGGACAAAUCACCAGCACCAUGGUCCGCAUGCCAGAAGCUGCCCCUGAAGAUCCUCCACAGACUUUGUCUUUAUGGAACAUUACCUCAAAAUCUUUCUCUCUGUCCUGGGAGUCACCAACCAUCAUCACAGGACGUUUUAGCUACGUCGUCCAACUCCACGGCCCUGCAGGUCUCAUCAGUGAGAACAGUACCAGUGAGCAGACAAUUGUUUACACUGGACUGACUCCGUUCACAAGCUACCACAUCAUCAUCAUGGCCAAAUCAGCAGGAGCCACUGGACCUGCUGCGGAAACCAGAAUCUUAACACCUUCUGAGGCCCCCAGUGCAGUAUCAUAUCUCAGAGCAGAAGCUGUGGACUCCAUGUCUGUGCGUCUGUCCUGGGGAAUCCCAAACCAGCCCAACGGACUCAUUACUCGUUACCGGGUCCUGGUCCUGCACCAGGAGAUGCUUGUACAGGACAUCACACUCCGAGCACUGCAGCAGAAUGCAAGCCAGAAUGGUGCUAGUGCUGGAUCUGACCCGGGACUCAUUCUGAGCUCUGUCCAACCACGACCGUCCACAAGAGCGGCAAUCACGGGCCUGACGCCCCAAUCACGUGACUUCACACAAACAGCAGUCACGAGCCGGAUCGAGGUUCUACCACCAACCGAAGAACUUGUCAACUUAUCGUCAAAUCACAUCUCCUACACCGUGACCAGACUGAGUCCUUUUACUGACUACAACUUCAGCGUGUCUGCCUUCACGACUGUAGGAGAAGGACCUGCCACCCUGAUCGCACAGAAGACUCAGGAACAGGUGCCUAGCUCUGUUCAGGAUGUGUCCUAUGAGAACAUAAGCUCCACCUCUAUCUUUGUGAGCUGGAAUCCACCUCUGAACCCCAACGGGAAGAUCACACACUACACCGUCUACAUCCUCAACCUGCACAGUCACGAGGCUCGACAACGGGUUACGAACACCACCAGUAUCGUCCUCACAGGUUUGGAUAAAUACACACAGUAUAAGGUGCGUGUGGCUGCUUGGACGGCAGCAGGCGAGAGCCCUGUGUCUGAUGAGGAUAACAUCUCCGUACUGACGCCUGAGGAUGAGCCGGAUUCUCCUCCUCACACCCUGGAGCUUUUGAACACCACGUCGUCAACAGCCACCAUUACCUGGUCUCCUCCUGAUAAACCCAACGGCAUCAUUAUCUUCUAUGAGGUGACCUACAGCAACUCCACUUUCAGCUACACGGUGAACUCGAACGCCCCCAGCGUCACACUGCGCCACCUCAAACCGUACACGCUCUACAACGUCACUGCGCGUGGCUACACGCGGCUCGGCCACGGAAAUAAGACCUCACCUACACUACAGAUGCUGUCCGGGGAGGAUGUGCCUGGUAGUCCUCCCUAUGGCCUUUCCUAUGACAGCAUCAGCUCCAGCGAGGUGAACGUGUCCUGGUCACCACCCCUUGUGCCCAAUGGAGUCAUCUUGUACUACAGCGUGGAGUACUGGAACAUCACACACACUCUAAACAUCACCACACACACACCCUCUGUGCUCCUGUCCAACCUGCGCAAAUACGCACGCUACCGGCUCAGCGUUCAGGCAGCCACUCGUGUGGGACUGGGGAACCACAGCAGCGAAAUCCUCAACAUCACCACUCUGGAGGACGUCCCAAGUUCCCCCCCGCAGUCCUUGUACUACAGGAAGUUGUCAGAUAACCAAGUCGAGUUGUCAUGGAAACCCCCCGAGGACGCCAACUCGGAGAUCCUGUACUACGUAGUGAGGGUGUGGAACCAGAGCUCUGAGUUUGUAACCAAUGUGACAAAGACGUCAGUGGUUGUUAGUGUAGAUGGACCUGGAUAUUAUAACGCCUCUGUGAGUAGUUGGACUCGGCUUGGUGAUGGAGGUGUACUGAUCUACAUCACCUUCAGUACAUCAGAGUCGGUUCCUUCAGACCCCCCUCAGAACGUGUUCUACACACUGCUGUCUCCGAGAUCAGUGAGAUUGAGUUGGAGUCCCCCGACUCAGCCGAAUGGCAUCAUACAGUAUUACACCAUUUACUACAGUGACAACAUCACUAUCUCCACUCAGAGAGUGCCCGGCUUGGUGCAGUGGGUGCAGCUAGACAGGCUGAGGGCAGGGCAUGAAUACAGGGUGUGGCUGAGCUCCAGCACCUCUCUGGGUGAUGGGGGGGUGAUCAGCGAUCCCCUUAACUUCACCACGCCAGAGGACGUGCCAAGUGAUACGGUCCAUAAUCUCUCGGCUCAGCUGUACGGCUCGACGGCUGUUGUGAUUAGUUGGGACCCCCCGCUUGAGCCGAACGGUAGAGUCUUCUACCAGCUAAGCCUGCAGGAGGCGGGCAUAACCCACCCGUCCAUCAAUCGCACAGAAAACCAGACCAUCACCAAGACAACCACGGACACGAUUUUCCUCUUCACCAAACUCAGAAAGUACUUCCCUUAUGUGCUCCAAGUUACCCCAGCGACAAGCGCAGGCCCCGCUUUGGACCACACCUCCGUAUUGCACCUCAGAACGGAUGAUGAUGUACCCAGUUCUGCUCCGUUGCUAAGUGUGAGCAGGAAUCUCUCCUCCACCUCUAUCCUGGUGUCAUGGUAUGCUCCGGUGGAACCGAAUGGGGAGAUAAUCGAAUACACCUUAGUUCUACAGGGUCCCCGAGGAUCUAACAGCACGUACACAUCCAACUCAGAGCUCAUUCUCACACACCUCACCCCGUACACAGCCUACAACCUCUCCAUCUCUGCAGUCAAUCGCAAGGGCAUGGGACCUUCACUUAUGCUGCCUCUGCACACAGAUGAAGCAGGUCCAAUGUCUCCACCACGAAACCUGAGCAUCUUUAACCACUCUUCUGACUCGGUGUGGCUACACUGGGAACCCAGUCUGGAGCCCAAUGGCGUCAUUCAACAUUAUGGAUUCAAAAUAGUGGAACUUAACACGGAUGCUGUGAUAUACCAGAACUCCACCGGCGCUUCCACUCAAGCAGAAUUGCAUGGCUUCAAACCUCAUAGCUCUUAUGAGAUUAGUGUGUCUACUUACACUAGAGCGGGCAACGGAGACCAGUACAGUCUUCCCGUAACCUUUACUACGCUCGAGUCAGUGUCUGAGGCGGUUGGAAAUCUGUCAUGUUCUGGUCUGGAUUGGGAUUCAGUGUAUAUGGAAUGGAAACCUCCAGAAAACCCCAACGGAGAGAUCUUGCUUUACCACGUUGUUUCAGCACGUCGCAGGGACGAGGUGUUUCCCUUGGUGCUUCCAGAUAAACUUGUAUACACUUUCAGCGGCCUGCUUCCUGACACGCUGUAUGUCAUCUCGGUGGCUGCCGUUAACUCUGCGGGUUUAGGAGAAGAGGCCAACUGCACAGCACAGACACUUCCUGAAUCAGUUCCCGAUCCCCCGGAGUCACUGUCUGUGGUGAAUCUUAGCUCGGAUGCCGUGAGUCUGAGCUGGCUUCGUCCUGCCCGAGUCCCCGGUCACUUGCGGGGUUACAGAGUGCACAGACAGCGCCUGGCACUAGUGUGUGAAAUGGAGGACGUUGCUUCCUGUGUGGAGAGUGAAGUUUUUCUGUGGGUAAACGUGACAGAGAACGGAUCGAGGGAGGUUAUCGUAACGCUGCAGCCCCUGCUUAAAUACAGACGCUAUCGUGUCAGAGUGGUGGCUUGGACUAACGCUGGAGCUGGAAAACCUACAGAUUGGAUGCACAUACACACACUAGCAGGAAACCCUGAUGCCCCACCAGUUGCUGUCUCGGCAGUUCCUUCGAUCUCUGGGUUGAAAAUCACAUGGGAUGAACCGCCAAUCAUUUCAGGACCCACCUCCUACCUCGUUGACAUUAUUGAUUUGGCCGGUUCAGGUCGUAAUGUGACAGUAGUGAGGAACGCAGGAGAGAUCAGGAUGGUGGUCAUCGGGAACUUGACUGCGUACACGUAUUAUUUAGUUACCGUCACUGCCUUUACCGGAGACGUUGCCGAUGCUCGCCGAGAUGGCAUGACGUCUGAGCCUGUCACCGUCAGGACACUCGAGGGGGAACCAAAGGAUCCACCCAAAAACGUUACCGUAGUCAUCGGGCCAGAAGAAGUAACUCGAGUGUAUGUAACAUUUUUACCACCGGAUGAGCCAAACGGCAACAUCAGUGCCUAUCAUGUUUACAUUUACCGUGACGGACAACUCAACUUCGAGAUCAACAGCUUACCUGUGGUCAGUAAUCCCAACAAGACCAUGACUGCUGUUAUACACGGGCUUAAAGGAGGAUUCAACUACAGCAUACAGAUAGCUGCAGUGAAUGGAGCAGGAUUUGGGCCCAGAUCAGAAGUUAGACUCAGUAUGCCAAUAAAAGCUCCACCGAUGCCUUCCAAGAGGCCAACAGUAGCCCUGAACCAUGUAGGCGCUGUUAUGGCAACAUCCCAAACCAUCACCAUCGAGAUGCCUUUGUGUUUCUUCUCGGACGACAACGGUCCUAUUCACAAAAUCCAGGUCAUCGUCUCUGAGCCAGCAGUGAUGGACUACAGUAAUGUAUCUAACUGGAAGAGCGUGUUCCUCCACUCUACUGCCCCGUACGUAACGGACGAAGGUUUUCCGAACCCGGAGUGCUCUGUGGACGUGAAUUCAGAUGAAGAUACGCUUCGGAGGAAGGUACAAGCCAGGAUGUACGUGAUAGGAGCAGAGGAAGGAUGUUUCUCUGAGGAGGCGCAGAUCCUCUGUAACGGGCCUCUCAAACCCAAAACCUACUAUGUAUUUAAAUUCCGUGCAACGAAUAUCAUUGGUCAAUACACAGACUCGAUGUACUCAGAGAGGGUCCGAACCGCAGACGAUGGUCUUUUGACUAGAGAUGAACAGAUCAUACUCGGAGUGCUCCUGUCUUUUUUCCUGGCGUUGUUCCUGAUCUUGAUCAUAUACGCUUCUGUGCGGAUCCAUCAGAGGCAGAAGGAGGGAGGAACUUAUUCUCCACGAGAAGCAGAGAUUAUAGAAACCAAGCUAAAGCUGGACCAGCUGAUAGCGAUGGCAGACAUGGAGCUGAAAGAGGAGAAAAUCCAGCGGCCGAUCAGUAAGAAGGCUUUCAUUCAGCACGUGGAGGAUCUUUGUGCCAAUGACAACGCCAAGUUUCACGAAGAAUUUGCUGAACUGCCGAAGCUUCUGCAUGAUCUGGCAACGUCGGACGCUGACCUGCCGUGGAACCGCUCCAAAAACCGCUUCACAAACAUCAAACCCUAUAACAAUAACCGAGUGAAGCUGCUGUCUGAGCCGGGGAUCCCGGGGUCUGAUUACAUCAACGCUAGUUUCGUCUCUGGUUAUCUGUGUCCUAAUGAGUUUAUAGCCACUCAGGGGCCUCUUCCUGGGACCGUGGCUGAUUUCUGGAGAAUGAUUUGGGAAACCAGGACCAAAACGGUGGUCAUGCUCACACAGUGCUUUGAGAAGGGUCGGAUCCGAUGUCAUCAGUACUGGCCGGAGGACAACAAGCCGGUCACUGUGUUUGGUGACAUCAUCAUUACAAAGCUGACAGAGGACGUGCAUCCUGACUGGACUGUCAGAGCACUCAGAGUGGAGAAGCAUGGUGACUACAUGGUGGUUCAUCACUUUAACUACACCUCCUGGCCAGAGCACGGCGUUCCUGAGUCCAGCUCCACAUUAAUCCAGUUUGUCAAGGCCGUCAGGUCCAACAGAGGCAACGACAACACAACCAUCGCAGUGCACUGCAGUGCUGGUGUGGGUAGAACAGGAGUCUUUAUAGCUCUAGACCACCUGAUUCAGCAUGUCAGAGACCAUGACUUUGUGGAUGUGUACGGCCUGGUGGCAGAACUGCGCAGUGAGAGGAUGUGCAUGGUGCAGAACCUGGCUCAGUACAUGUUCCUGUAUCAGAGCACUCUGGAUCUGUUGACCAGCAAAGGCAACAGUCAGUCCAUCUGGUUCGUUAACUAUUCUGCGUUGGAGAAAAUGGACUCGCUGGAUGCUAUGGAAGGUGAUGUUGAGUUGGAGUGGGAAGAGACAACAAUGUAAAAGUGGGGAGUUUUAUGCAUUACGUCUGUGAUGGCUUGGCUUAAGGCCCUGAGUGAGGACCACCGGGCCACUGCGGCCAAACACCGAGCAAACACCAGGGACUUACGUUUUUUUCUUUCUAAACUUUUUCUUUUCAAAAAUCUGAAUCUCCUUUUGUCUAUCGAACUUGAAAAACAUUAUAAAAAUUUAAAUAUUGUAUAAGGUGUAAAAAUGUAAACAAAUAUAUAUAUAUAGAAUUAUAAUAUUUAUAAUUGAUUCAUAAUUUACACUAUUUUUUUUUUCAUAAAUCGUUACGCCAAACGAAUGUUUAUAUCAGGAGCUAUAAAUAUACAGGAUAUUUGUGAGUGUAUAUUUUCA